AUGCAGAUCUUCCUCCACAUUCGAAAAUCUGGCGAGUUACUAUUCCGGCAACCUCUGGCCGACGAGCUCACCACCAUUCGAAAAGCCUUAGCAGACAUGGACGAGGACAACGGCAUGUUCAGGGUCCCACACACAAUUGGCAGUGUCCUCUGCUGCAAAUGUGGCAUUCCCAUGCAGCCCAACGCAGCAAACAUGUGUGCCAAAUGCCUACGUUCUGAGUUCGACAUCACGGAGGGGCUUCAGAAGCACGUUAUCAUCAACCACUGCCCAGACUGCGAAAGCUAUCUCCAGCCUCCCCGGACGUGGAUCAAAGCCGAGCUCGAGUCUAGAGAGCUCCUUACUUUCUGCCUCAACCGGCUCAAGAAUCUCCGCAACACCGUCAAAUUGGUUAACUCCGAGUUUGUCUGGACCGAGCCCCAUUCCAAGAGGAUCAAGGUCAAGCUGACUGUGCAGAAGGAGGUCCUGAAUGUUUUCCUUCAGCAGGCCUACAUAGUCGAGUAUGUUGUGCAGGACCAGCUGUGCGAGUCUUGCUCAAAGGUUCAGGCCAACCCUGACCAGUGGGUGGCUGCAGUCCAGCUCCGGCAGCAUGUCUCCCACAGGCGGACCUUUUUCUAUCUCGAGCAACUUAUACUGAAACACGAUGCGGCAAGGAACGCCAUCAAGAUCAAGCAGAUGGACCAUGGGAUUGACUUUUUCUUUAACAAAAGGAGCCAUGGGUUGAAGUUUGUCGAGUUUGUGGGCAAGGUUGCCCCCGUCAGGAGCCGCAGUGACAAGCAGCUAGUUUCGCACGACUCUAAGAGCAAUAAUUAUAAUUACAAGUUCACCUUCUCGGUCGAGAUCAGCCCCAUUUGCCGGGAGGACCUGAUUUGCCUCCCACCAAAGGUUGCGGCCGGGUUGGGAAAUUUCGGACCACUCGUGAUAUGCAUCAAGGUGAGCAACAGCAUAGCUUUACUGGACCCUUUUACCCUCAGCCAGAGCUUCUUGGAUGCCGAGCAGUACUGGAGGUCUUCGUUCAAGGCUUUGCUCUCGAGCAGGCAGCUCGUCGAAUACAUAGUGUUGGAUGUGGAGCCUGUAUCUGGUGAGGUCAAUAUUGGUGGCUUGAAGUAUGUUUUGGCCGAUGCCCAGGUGGCCCGAGUGUCGGAUUUCGGCAAAAACGAUACGAUUUUCAACGUGAGGACUCAUUUGGGGCAUCUCUUGAAUCCGGGCGAUUAUGCUCUCGGUUACGACUUGUAUGGAGCGAAUAAUAAUGAUAUUGAGUUGGAUAAGUACAAAAGUCUUGUUCUUCCCGAUGUCUUGCUGAUAAAAAAGAGCUACGAGGAAAAACGGCAGAGAAAGAAGGGCAAGGCUCGUUCGUGGAAGCUUAAAUCACUGAAUAUGGAAGUUGAUAAUAGUGCCAGGGGUGUUCGGGAUAAUGCCGAGAAGAUGGAUACGGAGUAUGAGCAGUUUUUGAGGGAUUUGGAGGAGAAUCCUGAUUUGAGGUUUAACCUGUCACUGUACCGGAAUAAGGAAUAUCAGCCGUCGGAAAUGGCAUCAAUGACGGAUGGUGAGGAUUUGCCGAGUGUGCCGUUAGACGAGCUGCUUGCGGACCUCGACUUGAGUGAUGAGAAUGUUGCUGAUGAUGAUGAUGAUGAUGGUAUGAGAGAGUGA